AUGGGGUACAAGGCGGAGAUCGAGGCGGUGCACACGACGACGGGCGUGCAGGGCCGUCUGUUCCUGUUCUCGCAGUUCGCGUUGUUCGCGGUUCCGAACGUGUAUCGCCGCAGCAACGAGUUCGUGGUGGUGCUCCGCCUCCUCACCGACCUUCUCUCCAUCGAGCCCUCCUCUCUCGAGCCCUCCCGCGUCCUCGGGCUCGCGCUGCCCAUCGACACUCCCGCGGGGAUCCGCACGGAGCACUUCCUGGUGAUCUUCGAGAACUCGUCGGAUAAAGUGUCCUGCGAGAGCACGCUGGCCAUGCUGAAGCGCGAAGCCAUGAAGAAAGUGCGCGCCAGCGACGAGGCGGGCAGCACCGUGCAGGACAAGGCGCUCGAGGCCGCGCUGGACCCCGCCGUGUCGCCGUUCGCGGACCCGAAAGACACGCUCGCCAUGCAGAGGUGGAGCCGCGGGGAAGGGCUGACCGGUAGAUUGGCGGUGUACCGGGAGUUCCUGGCGACGGAGCUGUCGUACAUCCGGGAUCUGUCGACGCUGCACGACGUGUAUGAAACGCCCUUUUUGAAUAUGCUGGAUCGGAAGAACGGACUGCUGGAUCGAGCCGAGAUCCGAACGAUUUUUUGCAACUAUCCGGAGAUCCAGCAGAUCCACCAGGCUUUUUAUGACGCCGUCAAGGCGCAGAUCCACGAGGUUCGGCUCUCGCAGCUGCUUUCGCGGGAGUUUCUUCGCACGGCGAAUCAGUUUCACUUGUACUCGAAGUAUUUUGCGGCGUAUGAGCGCGCGUUGCAGCUUUUGAAUCGGUUGUUUCGCGAACGGAGCGGAUUGGAGGACUAUGUGUUUUUGUUGUCGAGAGAUCCCCGCGCACAGGGACUCGAUCUGUUCAGUUUCCUGAUUAAACCGAUUCAGGUAGGCUUCGUUUGCCGGCAAAUUUUGAAUGAAUGA